GUAGCUUCCAGUGCAAGAGAAUGUAGCGUAUAUCCAUACAUACAUAAAAACAUAUACAUUUAAACAUAUAUACAUACAGUGACAUAAAAAAUAAUAAUAAUAAAAAAAUAUGAUAUAACAGAUAAAAAAAAAAGAGAAAUAUACAAUAGCACAAUAAUGUUGUUAGAAUAUUUUAUAUACAGAUAUACAGUUAUGUGCAGGUGAUGUAAUGUAUUGAAUAAGAGGAAGGAUAUGUUAAAGAAUAUAAAUGAGCUACAGAUAUAAGUAGGAAUGGAUGGACUGAAUAUUGCACAUGGUUGUAUUGACCAAAGGAAAGUAUCUGGGGGCAGUUUUAACUGUUCAUGAGGUGGAUGGCCUGAGGGAAAAAACUGUUCCUGUGCCUGGCUGUUCUGGUGCUCAGUGCUCUGUAGCGCCGACCAAAGGGCAACAGUUCGAAGAGGAAGUGUGCUGGGUGAAUGGGGUCAAGAGUGAUUUUACCAGCCCUUUUCUAGCAGGGUGGAUAGGGGAGCGCCAAUAAUCCUCUCAGCAGUCUGAACUAUCCUUUGAAGUCUUCUGAUGUCUGACUUGAUAGCUGAACCAAACCAGACAGUUAUAGAAGUGCAGAGGACAGACUCAAUAACUGCUGAGUAAAACUGUAUCAGCAGUGCCUUUGGCAGGUUAAAUAUCCUCAACUGGCGAAGGACGUACAACUUCUGCUGGGUCUCCCACUUCAGGUCCUGUGAGAUGGUAGUGCCCAGGAACCUGAAUGACUCAACUGCUCCCACAAUGCUGUUCAGAAUGGUGAGCAGGGAUAAUGUUGGGGUGUUCCUCCGAAAGUCCACUAUCAUCUCCACUGUUUUGAAAGUGUUUUUGCUCCAGGUUGUUUUGACUGCACCAGACGACCAGCUGUUUAACCUCCCUUCUGUAUGCAGACUCAUCAUCAUCCUGGAUGAGGCUGAUGACAGUAGUUUUGUCUGCGAACUUCAGGAGCUUAACAGAGGGAUCCUUGGCAGUGCAGUCAUUUUUGUAGACAGAGAAGAGCAGUGGGGAAAGCGCACAUCCCUGGGGGGCACCAGUGCUGAUUGUACAUGUGCUGGAGGUGAAUUUCCCCAUUCUCACUAGCUGCAGCCUGUCUGUCAGAAAGCUGGUGAUCCACUGACAGAUAGAGCCGGGAACAAAGAGCUGGGUUAAUUUAGUCCAUAGGAGAGCGGGGUUGAUGGUGUUAAAAGCCGAACUGAAGUCAACAAAUAGUAUCCUUGCAUAAGUCCCUGGUCUGUCUAGAUGUUGAUGUAAUGCAGUCCCAUAUUGACUGCAUCAUCCACAGACCUGUUUGCUCAAUAAGAAAAUUGAAGGGGAUCCAGAAAGGGUUCAGUGAUGUCCUUCAGGUAAGCCAACAACAGUGUCUCAAAUGACUUUGACAGAUGAUGUCAUUAAGUCCUUUGAUCUUGGGUUUCUUGGGGAUGGGGAUGAUUGUGGAGCGUUUGAAGCAGCUGGAAACUUCACACUGCUCCAGUGAUCUGUUGAAGGUCUGUGUGAAGUUGGGGGCCAGCUGGUCAGCACAGUAUUAAAGGUUCUACUUGUUCAGAGAUUUCCUGCUUCUUGCUUGUAACAACUAAUUCUUUGGUUUAAUUCAAAUUAAUCUCAAGUGCACUCAACCGACACCAGUUCUGGAGGGAAUUUACAUGAUUAUAAUAAAGAUUAUUCAUUUAUUUUCCUCCUUGCAAAAGGCUGACAAGUGCCAUGUCAUCUGCAUAUUUAAUUAAACUAAAAUGUGCAUCCUGAAUUUUAAAUUCAUUAGUAUACAAAGGUAUACUAAUAUAUGUAAAAGUAUAUAUAUACUGUACACACACACACGUGUGUGUGUGUGUGUAUAAUGUUUUUUUUUUAUUUACAUUUUUAUUUUAACCCCAGCAGUCGGUUGAGUUUUAGCUGUUUCAAGGAUCCUCCACCUGGUGGUGCUGAGCGGGCCGGCACACGUCAGUAUGAGUUUGAGUUGAGUCCAUCCUCCGGCUGAACUUUCUCCUCCACAUUCAGUAAUCUGACACCGACACUAACCCCAAAAAGCAGAGGAUGGAUUCCUAACUUCAUUCGCAAAAAUAGCUCAGCAAGAGCAGACAAGACAAAAAGAGUGCAAACGGAUAGAUAUCUCACUGCCUGCGUUCGCUUAGUGUUUUGUAAAGUGGGUUUAGCUUUUUAUGUUUAUUAAAAAGUUCUUAUCUAAAGAGGCGGAUGGGUGACUACCAUUCUCGGCGCUUCCAUGUGAGGAGACGAUGAAGAAUUACAGCAGCAGUUCCCGUCUAAAGAAUCACACCGCGAAUCACAGCAGCAGAGAUCCGAACAACAGGAGGGGAUUCUGGGUAUCGACUCUCGGGCUUCGAUUCUCCUUACGCGAUUAUGCUUUCUGUAUGGCCACACUGUUUCUCUUCUGUCUCGGUUCAGUGUUUUAUCAGCUGAACGGAGGACCUCCUAAAGUUCUGCUGGAGAUCAGACAGUAUCUGGGAGAAUCCACUUUUGUUGAUGACCAUGGACCUCCUGUGCCUAGGGUGUUGCCAUUCCCAAGUCAGGUGAUCUACAACAGGGUGGGCAAGUGUGGAAGUCGGACAGUCGUUCUGCUGCUGAGGAUUCUGGCAGAAAAGCACGAGUUUAACCUGGUGUCCUCUGACAUUCACAACAAAACUAGACUCACAAAGCAUGAGCAGGUGGAGUUGAUGAAAAACAUCAGCACUAUUCCGCAGCCUUUUCUGUACACCAGACAUGUUCAUUAUCUCAAUUUCACAAGGUUUAGGAUAGAGCAGCCUGUCUACAUAAACAUCAUCAGGGAUCCCAUUAACCGUUUCCUGUCCAAUUACUUUUUCCGGCGUUUUGGGGACUGGAGAGGAGAACAGAAUCACUUGAUCCGCACACCCCAGAUGAAAGAUGAAGAGAGAUAUCUGGACAUUAAUGUUUGCAUCAUAGAAAACUACCCAGAGUGCUCUAACCCUCGCCUUUUCUACAUUGUUCCAUACUUCUGUGGACAGCACCCUCAAUGCAGGGAGCCAGGUGUGUGGGCUUUGGAGAGGGCCAAACAAAAUGUUUUAGAAAAUUUCCUCCUUGUGGGGAUUCUGGAGGAGUUGGAGGAUGUAUUGCUCCUACUGGAGAGACUCCUACCUCACUAUUUCAGUGAUGUCCUGAGCAUAUACAAGAGUCCAGCAUUCUGGAAGAUGGGAAACCUUACAGGCACAGUAAAGAAGCACAUGCCCAGUCUAGAGGCCCUGCAGGUGCUUUACCAAAGAAUGAAAUACGAAUACGAGUUUUACAACUUCGUUCGUGACCACUUUCAUCUCACCAAGAAGAAAAUUGGACUCAAGUCCACCUCCCAGAACUCUGCUCAUGAACCUGACUUCCUCCGUGAGCUUGCCCUCAGGACUCAUGACCCUUUGGAAGAGGAGGAGGAUGAAGAGGAAGAAGAGGAGGUGGGGCAAGAAGAUGCAAACAUCUGGAUGGUUCAACCCUGAGUGUCGCCAUGGAUGUAUACGCAUGCCAGAUAUCUCAUAAGCUUGAAGUUUGUCUGAUCUGGAGACAUUCCCAGGAAUAAUUGGGUGUGUAAUAGUGAUUCCCGUGUUUUUAAUGGGAUGGCUCUUUUAGACACUCUGCCCUCUCAGGAGGAGCACGGGAGGGUCUGAAUAGUUUUAUUUAAGGAGCUGACAAGUAAUGAUUUUCAGCAUAUUUCAUAUGUUCAGAUAUGAAAGAAAGCUGUUGUGGAGUUGUAGUCAUUUCCUGGUGAGUUGAUACAAGAUCAGGAUUACAGGGAUGAUGCUGAAUUGUAUGCUGAAUGGAAGGAAGAACUAAAUGUGGUAAAGUAUAGAAGAAUCUGAAGUGCUAUGGAAACUGUCUGACUAUGGAUGAAUUUAUUUUAUCCAGUGGUCUACUCCGUACCUGGAACCUGGGUAACCUCAGAUUGCACACAUCAUCCGAAGAGACACAUGCACACACAAACACACACACAUUUACAGACUACACAUUGGAGGAAAAUGAGGAUCACAGCAGCUAAAACAUUGACUUUAUACAUUCUAAACUGUAAAAAGUGCCAGCUGUAGUUACUUCUGAUGUUGCCACCCUACACAAUGCAAGCAAUGUAUAAGCACUAAUCAGAUAUGAUCAUCUCAUUGUUGCUUAGUUCCUCCUCUGGUUCCAGAAGCCUGCUGCAACUCUGUGCCAGAACCUCACUUCUAGUCUGUUUUGAAAGGAUCUUUUCUUUUGGACAUGUAAGCUAUUUUAUAAAGAACCAAACAAUUGUUGAAUGUCUACAGAAUGUUUAAGUCAAAUGCAGCAUACUGUUCUUCAAAAAUGUUGGAUGAGUAUGUUAAAAAAUGUUCGCCCUGUCAGUGUGUCAUCUGUUGUGUUCAGUCGCUGCAUAAAAACCCCCAGAUCAAAACACUUCCACUAACUUUCUCUAGUUUUUUUCUUGAUGAAUUGCCAACUUGUAUUCAUUACUGAUCAGAUUAAUUAUGCAUAUAUAUUGAAUUAUACUGAUAAAGUGAAAUAAUUAAUAUAUAACUAAAUAGAUGUUCUAAGCUACAAGAUCUCACAGAAUUAAAUAUUUCCCAUUUAAACUUGCCAGUUAAAUAUAUAGAUGUAUGUAUUUGUUUUGUGUUCAGUGUGGAUUUUAUAUUGUUUAAUUUAUUUUACAGUAUUACUUUUGAUGAUUGCAUUCCAUGUACGAGUCUCAGGAAAAAAAGAGCAGAUUUUUUUUUUUUUUUUUUUUUUUGCAUCUAACAUCGGGCAAAUACUUAAUGCAUCGAAUACAUAAAGGUUAUUAAGCUAUACUAAUUACAGCUAUAAUGUCCACUCUGUUGGAUACCAAAAUUGAAAUUGGGUGACUAAUAUUACAAAUUAACUGCACAUUAACUGGGAAAGCUCUCAAAAUAAAAACAUUAUUACAGCAGUAGUUGUUUGUGAGA